CACAGUGAGCUAAGAAACGUUAUCAGGGCGCACACACCGCGGCGCGCACUGAUCCACUUGUUAUUCUUGUACUGACUGGUUGAGGUUUGGCUGUGGAGCAGUAACCUGGAGACCUUCUGAGGACGCAGACAUGGAAAAAGGAGCAAGACCCAACUGGGACAACCCCAUAGAGUUUGUUCUGGCAUGUGUAUCGUACGCAGUCGGACUGGGAAACGUGUGGCGUUUUCCAUACCUUUGUCAAAUGCACGGCGGAGGUGGAUUCUUGAUUCCAUAUUUGGUCAUGCUGAUUCUAGAGGGUGUUCCCUUAUUCUACUUGGAGCUUGCCAUUGGUCAGAAGAUGAGUAGAGGCAGCAUCGGGGCAUGGACUGCCAUCAGCCCAUAUUUGGGAGGAAUAGGUCUUGCUAGUGUUGUGACAUCCCUGUAUCUGUGUCUCUAUUACAACAUCAUCAAUGGAUGGAGUUUCUGGUACCUCUUUCAUUCAUUUCAAUCAGUCCUGCCAUGGGCAGAGUGCCCAAUCAAUUCCAACUGGACAGGACCUAUAGAGGAGUGUGAAACGGCUACACCCACCCAGUACUUCUUCUACAGGCAAACACUAAACAUCUCGUCUUCUAUUGAAGAAAAUGGAGGCAUUCAUACAGGCCAGGCCCUGUGCCUCCUGCUUUCCUGGCUGAUUACCUACCUGUUCAUUGUCCGAGGAGUAAAGUCAACUGGAAAGGUUGUGUACUUCACAGCCACAUUUCCAUAUGUGGUCCUCUUCAUCUACCUGAUCCGGGGCGUCACUCUUCAUGGUGCCAUCAAUGGUGUCAAAUACAUGUUCACACCAAAGAUGGAACAGCUUGCCAACCCUACUACAUGGAUCAAUGCGGCCACUCAGAUCUUUUUCUCUUUGGGUUUGGGUUUUGGGACACUCAUAGCCUUUGCCAGCUAUAACCAGUACAACAACAACUUUGAGCGCCAGGCCAUCGUUGUUUCUGUCAUCAACAGUGGAACCUCCAUCUUUGCCAGCAUUGUCACUUUUUCCAUCUAUGGGUUCAAGGCCACUGUCAACUACGAGGACUGUCUCGAGAGGAGGUGGACAGUUUCUCCAUGGAGGACACGCUUACUGCUACUGAAUGCCUUUGAUCUAGCAGAGGACAGUAUCACCAUGAACAAUGUCAGUGACUGGAUUGAGAAACUGAAUGCAACAUACCCAGAGCAGUUUGCUGAACUCAGCAACAAACUGGAAGAUUGUAACCUGGAGAGUGAGCUAGACACCGCUGUGGAGGGGACAGGUUUGGCCUUCAUUGUGUACAGUGAGGCCAUUAAGAAUAUGCCAUUGUCUCAGCUGUGGUCAGUGCUGUACUUCAUUAUGCUCCUCCUGUUGGGAAUGGGCAGCAUGCUGGGCAACGUCACUGCCAUCAUCACCCCACUACGAGACUUCAAGGUUGUGUCCAAAAUAAGCAACGAGUUGUUUAACGGUUUAGUGUGUUUGUUUUGUCUGCUACUUGGCCUGGGCUUCACCACCACAUCUGGAAAUUAUUGGUUUACCAUGUUCAACGACUAUGGAGCCAAUUUCUCGCUGCUGUUUGUUGUCCUCGUUGAGGUCAUAACUGUCAGUUACAUCUAUGGAAUUAGAAGGUUUGAAAAAGACAUAGAAGACAUGCUUGGUCAUCGUCCCAACUGGUACUGGAAGAUCAUGUGGGCAAUAGUCAGUCCCCUUCUCCUCAUCACCCUCUUCAUCAUCUACAUUGUCAAUUACAUCAAAGGAGGGACACCCACCUACCAAGCAUGGAACAAAGAGCUGGGUAAGUCAGUGGUGAUGCAGUAUCCUGUCUAUGGUCAAGUCUUCAUCGGGCUGCUGCUGGUGUCAUCAGUCAGCUGUGUUCCCCUCACAGCUCUGUAUGUCUACUGCAGAAAGAGGAAAGGUGGUAACUAUCACCAGAAGCAGCAGGCUGUCAACACAGCAUCUAGUUAUCGACCAGAAGAUGACAGGGACUAACCUCCCAACAUCACCUGCUUUCCUCAACACCUCCUGUCUCGGUCAUUUAGCUGGCCUAUCUAUGUCCUUCAUUGCAGCUGUACUGCUGCAAUAAAUGCAGCAGUACAGUAUUUAUUGGUUUGGGGUAUUUUGAGGGGAAUGUAUUACUGUACAUUUUUUCCUCAUUAUUAAAUCACACUUAUGAUUCUAAUAAAAACUCUGCACAUUGAAAGAUAUUCAAGUUCAACUGUGCAACAUGAUAUUAUUGCAGAUAUUUUGUUUACUCUCCAAACAUUUAGAUUGAAUAAAGUUGUAAUUUACCACUUUUA